CCUCUUCCCUAAGGACAAGUUUUCAUAGUCCUGGAGGGUGAUUUGCAAACUUCCAAGAGAUAAAAGAUAACCCAAAAAUAGGACUGCCUGAACAAUGAUGACAUUAAUAUACCUAUUAUGCUGUAGGUGGGAAUCUCAUAUGACCUCAUCCCUAAAGAGCUCAGCCUUAGCCUGAGUGUCCCUAAGAACUAAUGAGAGGUGGAGAGUUAGGCUGCCCUAAGGAUGAAGCCAUCACUGUUCAUCUGCUGCAACAGGAAAUGCUGUCCUUCUGGGAUGUGGCCAUUGAUUUCUCUCCAGAAGAGUGGGAAUGCCUGGAGCCUGCUCAGUGGAAUCUGUACAGGGACGUGAUGCUGGAGAAUUACAGCCACCUUGUGUUCCUGGGUCUUGCUGUUUGCAAGCCACAUCUGGUGACAUUUUUGGAGCAAAGACAAGAGCCUAUGGGCGUGAAGAGACAAGAGGCAGCCACUGUGCAUUCAGGUGUGUAAGACUGAGG